GGCAUUUCGCAAUUCGGCCGCACCCUCCUCGAACUAUGAAGGUCUCUGUUGCCGCCUGUGCCGUCGUCUGUGCAAUGGCUGCUGGUGCCUCGCCCAUGACCUCGUACGAAGCGAAGUUUGUCGCGUGGAUGAAGGAGCAUGGACUUACCUUUAAUCCUGUCGACUGGGCGCAUCGCUUUGAAAACUUCAUCUUGAACGAUCAAUUCAUUGAGGCCCACAACAAGAAAGGAACGUCGAGCUUCACGAUGGGCCACAACGAAUAUUCUCACAUGUCGUUUGAAGAGUUCAAGCGCCACCGCGUUGGCUUGCGUGUCCCCCACUCGUACUUGGAGUCUCGUCGAAAGAACCCCCCCGUGUUGAAGCACCACGCUGGAUCUGUACCGGACGAAAUCGAUUGGGUUGCAAAAGGCGCUGUCACUCCGGUGAAGAACCAAGGCAUGUGUGGAUCGUGCUGGGCAUUCUCCACGACUGGGGCCGUGGAGGGUGCAGCUUUCGUGACAAGCAACAAGUUGGUGAGUCUGUCGGAACAAGAACUCGUCGACUGCGACGACUCUGACAAUGGCUGCGGUGGAGGCUUGAUGGACAAUGCAUUCAAGUGGAUCAAGCGCCAUAAGGGAUUGUGCAAGGAAGACGACUACGCUUACCAUGCGAAUGCGUCGACGUGCACUGUAAAGAGUUGCACCCCAGUCACGCGCGUCCUGGCUUACUACGACGUGACUCCGAACGACGAAGAAGAGCUGAAAGCUGCCGUGGCGCACCAACCGGUGGCCGUGGCCAUCGAAGCCGAUCAGAAGGAGUUUCAGUUCUAUAAGUCUGGUGUGUUUGACAAAGAAUGUGGCACAAGUCUGGACCACGGUGUCCUCGUCGUUGGGUAUGGUGAGCAAGACGGCAAAAAGUUUUGGAAGGUCAAGAACUCUUGGGGAUCCAAGUGGGGCUCUGAUGGGUACAUCUAUUUGGCACGUCAGUUUGGCCCUGAAGCAGGACAAUGCGGCGUUGCCAUGGCCCCGAGUUUCCCCAAGGCGUCAGUGAUUGCCGACACAGCUGUAACUGUGCACCAGGCGGACCACAAGCCAGCUCCAGUGGACCCCCAAGUGGACAUGAUUGUGCACGAGUAUGGCUCGUCUGUGACGAUUGUCCAAUGCGGCGACCUUCAAAAUGAACUCGCCGCGUUUCAGAACCUCACUGUGGUGCCGCCGCAUCCUCAACGAGGGAAGCCCAUCCAGUUUCUCGGAGACGGAAUUGUCAAAACGGAGUUCGAUUCUGCAGAUUUGACAAUUGCAGUGAAACUUGCUGGCCAGCUUGUCUACAGCCACUACGGCAGCGUGUGCGGUAAGACGCACAUUCCCCUGCCACUUGGCCUUGGCCACAUCGACGUCAACGGCCUCCACUGCCCCGUGCUCGCCGGCCACUUUGAAGGACUAGAAGUGUCGCUAAAGCUUCCCCCGAUCGCCCCCGAGGGCAACUACGAAGUGCACUUGACGAGCGAAGUGGGGACGGCCAACGAGAAGCAGACUGUGUUUUGUGUCCAAGUGCACUUGGAUCUCAACGAGAAGAACCACGACGGCGAAGUGUCUGAGUUGGUCGCACUCUCAUAGCUUCGUGUGGACUGUAGGUCACAACGAUAUUUUCGAUUUAUGGGAUAAUUCAAAAUAUUUUUUCUUGUCGCGGUUGUCAUACAUGCACAAUUCCAUUGGAAAU